GGGUUGCAGAGUUAAGGUGGAACCCAUUUUCCCCGUGUUAUGUUGCAAGGAGGAUUGUGUUGUCAGGCGUACAGACGGAGCAUGCGCAGCCGCGGAAAACAGGUGCUGAGGUGGGCCUCCCUCUUCAGAAUCCAGCGACUAUCGUUCUCAGAAUCUCGGCACCCCCUGGUUCUGAGAAAAUGUGGCCAGGAGCCCCAACAAGCCCUGCAACGCCAACUCUGCUCCUCCCUUCGCAGCGGACCCCAGCUUGCAUGCAGCCGGGACAAGGAUAGACCUGAGACCCCCUCACAGGAGCUUCAGGAUAAGCUGAAGCUCCUCAGUGGGGGCACCCCAGGGAGCUGUGCUCAUGAGGAGACCAUCCGCUCGCUAAUGGACUUGGGGUUCACUGAGGAUCAGGUGAUCCAGCUGUGUGAGGGAGCCUCUAGCCAGACACCCCCCCUGAGCACACAGGGCCUGUCCACACUCUCAACCCUCACCACCCUGGGCUUAAACCCCAGCAGCAUCCUGCGGGUCCUGGAAAAGUGUCCUGAGCUCUCACGCAUCAAUGGGAACCAGCUCCAGCAACGCAUUGACAGCCUAAGGAAGCUGGGCCUUCUAGAAGGCAGCCUGCAGCGGGUAGUGUCUCACUGCCCCCACAUCCUCACCCUCACCCCCAAGCGCUUAGGCACCGCGGUGCGCUUCCUGCGGGAGGAGUGUCAGUUCACAGGACAGCAGGUGACAGAGAUCCUGCGCAGCGCCCCCGCCACACUGCUGGAGGAGAACCGCCAACUCCAGUACAAAUUCCAGUACGCCUAUUUCCGGAUGGGGAUCCAGCACACAGACAUGGUGAAGUCAGGGCUCUUCAGGGUCCCCCUGGAGGAGAUCCGUGCAAGGCACGUUUUCCUGGAGAGGCUGGGGGUGUACGAGACUCCCGACAAAAAGGGUCAAACCCGCAUCAUCAACCCCAAGCUGAAGGACUUCCUGGGGGCCUCAGAGGACUUCCUGACCAAGGUGGCCAGGGCUUCGCCUGACGAGUUUGAGGUCUUCAGGAAACUCCUGACACGCGAGCUAGAGGAGGAGAAGGAGGGGCAGGAGGAGAACUCUGACAGUGAAGAAGAGGAAGCCGAGGAGGGGUACGAGAGUGAGGACAGUGAGCAGACUGAGUACCGAAAGUAACCCCCCUUCCUUCCCCUGCUUGCAGGGACUGCUUCUGGCAAAUUGACAUGUGUCUGUGUAAUUAUUACUUUUUUUUUCAAACUGUAUUGCUUCUGUUUUGAAAUAGUCAUCAUGCUAUAAAGGUUUUGUGAUAUUCUAAAAAGUCAAUAACAUGUAAAUCUAAUAAAGCAUUUGAUAACAUUA